GCCCUUGGCACUGACAACAGGCAAAUAGAGACUGCAUGCCCCAGUUACAACAAACUGUAUUAUCAGCAAAUAAGGCAGAAAGUAAAAGUGGCACAUGGAGAGGCUUAAGAGUGUAAAAUAUACAGGGUCUUAUGUCCAGAGUGACACAACAAGCACCAUAAGAGGAGGCACAUUUUGAUCUUUGAACCCACUUUCUUCUAUUCAAUCUGGAUGGCUGCGCUUAGUCUCUGUACAGGUAUACUCAUCAUCCAAUCCCUGGGAUGGAGAGGUGGAGUCUUCACUCAGUGAUUUCCUUUAUUCUUCAUCAGCCCGUGGUCCUUGAAGAGCUAAUGGCCUCUAUAAUAAGCAGCCUUUAUAUCAUACAGAGGACAAUAUAUGGAACUGCAAAAUCCAACAUGACCAACUGGGAAAGAGGUUUCUGCAUAGGCGGAGGAUGUAUAAGAACAUUUUACAGGUCCAAAGCACAUGUUAUCUCAGGAAAUAUACUUGCCAAAGAAAUAAAAAGAGAAGUUCAGAGAGAUGUGGAAUCCUGGCUAUCACUUGGGAACAAAAGGCCCCAUCUUAGUGUCAUUCUAGUUGGCGACAAUCCCGCAAGCCAUACCUAUGUGAAGAACAAGAUUAAAGCUGCAACUACUGUAGGAAUUUCCAGUGAAAUAAUACUUAAGCCCAGCAAUGUUUCCCAAGAAGAACUGCUGCAAGUUAUAAGCAAGUUAAGUGGUGACUCUAAUGUUAGUGGCUUACUGGUCCAGUUACCUUUGCCAGAGCAUGUCAACGAGAGAGAUAUAUGUAAUGCUAUUGCUCCAGAAAAAGAUGUGGAUGGUUUUCACAUAGUAAAUAUUGGAAGACUGUGCCUGGAUCAGUCGUCUAUUAUUCCUGCCACUGCUGCAGCUGUUUGGGAGAUCAUUAAGAGAACAGGGAUAAAAACAUUUGGUAAAAAUGUGGUAGUUGUGGGAAGAUCAAAGAAUGUUGGGAUGCCUAUUUCAAUGUUACUACACACAGAUGGAAGACAUGAGAGACCUGGGGGUGAUGCAACCGUGACAAUUACACACAGAUAUACCCCAAAAGAUCUACUGAAGAUCCACACACAGAUAGCGGAUAUAAUCAUUGUGGCAGCAGGUAUUCCAAAUUUGAUCACAGAAGACAUGGUCAAAGAGGGGGCAGCUGUGAUAGAUGUUGGAAUUAAUCACAUAGAAGAUCAAGUUACUGGAAAAACAAUAUUAGUUGGAGAUGUAGAUUUUGAAAAAGUCAAAGAAAAAGCAGGCUAUAUUACACCGGUUCCUGGAGGUGUGGGCCCAAUGACAGUGGCAAUGCUUCUGAAGAACACGCUCAUGGCUGCCAAGAAACGUAUUUAUUAAAAGACUUAAUUGAAACAUUGGAAUGUGAUUGGAACAAGAAUCCAUGUCAUAAUAGGAGAUUACAAUUUAGGAUUACAAACAAGUAUUUAUAGGAAAAUAUUGUAGCUGCCAAGAGAUCACAGUGGUUACUAUAUUGUGUCGUGGCCAUAAACACAACGUCUAGACUUUGUAUAUCUGGUAUGUUAUGCUAUUAGAAUGACCUGCAUGACAAAGUUUCUCUGUUUGGUGGCCACUACAUAUGUACAUACACAUGUUUUACCUAUAAUAUGGAUAGUAUACCAUUCUGCCCUUAUCAGCCUUUAAUAACAGCAAUGAUGUGGUCUGACAACAUUAUGUAAGUACAUCUGUGUGGCUAUAUUCCUAGUUGUUUGCGUUACCCAUGCAGAAACAUUUCAAAAUUGUAGAUUCUACAUUUGAGCUCCGCUAAAGGGGUUGCCUUAUUUGGAUAUCAUGGCUCUGAGACAAGUGACAUUUGUGAAAUCUUGCUGUUUUAACCCACUGUUUCUUAUGUUAUAGACAGUAAAAUCAGAAGAUUAAGCUUUAUAUCUCUAACUACAAAUAAAUAGUUAGAAAUCACUAAACAAUUUUAACCACAUUGUACCAUCCUCUGUACAUUUACAAUGCAAACAGUAGAAUAUGUCACCCAUCCCCUACCAUGUAAAAAAAUAAUAAUAAUUAUAUAUAUAUAUAUAUAUAUAUAUAUAUAUAUAUAUAUAUAUAUAUAGUACUAUAUUUUACUAACUGCCUCAUGGAGGAAACCAUUUUGAACAAAUUCUGUCACUGUUAUAGUCAUAUUAACUAAAGGCUUAUUCCAACAUAUUACAUAUAUAUGGCAUAUCUUCCAGAUGUAACACAAUUGGUCAUUAGACUACCUAUUACAAAACAUCAGUCCUGUGUCUACUGCUGCAAGGUAAACCUUUAUGCAAGACAGGAGAAGAAGGACAAGGACAGAAUAGAUGGACCAGGUGGUCUUUUUGUGCCCACAAUCUUUUAUGUUUGAAAAAGCUUAGCAAGUUACCUUAACUGUUUACAGGAGUAGUGCAGUGAAAAAUAACUUAUCCCCUAUCCAAAGGAUAGGGGAUAAUUUAUAGAUCGCAGGGGGUCCGACCACUGGGACCCCUGUCAAUCUCCUGAGCGGAGCCUCGGCAGUCUUCCGGGAGCGGCCAUUCUGACCCCGGCAGGAAGCCACGGCCAUCACGCCCCCUCCAUGUAUCUCUAUGGGAUACAUGGAGGGGGCGUGUCGGCUGCCGAGGACCCCCGCAAUCUAUAACUUAUCCCCUAUGCUUUGGAUAGGGGAUAAGUUAUCUUUCACUACACUACUCGUUUAACAGAACAAAGAGGGUCACAGAAACUAUAUACCAUAACUAUCAUUUGUUAGAAUACCCUAAGAAAACCACAAUGUGUAUGAAAUAAUGCUUCAGUAUCCAACCAUCUGGAUCAGAGAUUUAAUAUGAAGAAACGAAGCAUUUCCAGGUUAAAUUCUAAAAUUUACAAAAAUGAGCGUUCCAAUAAAAUUGACAUUCAUUGCUCACAUAUUGUUUUACAGGUAUAAUAUGAAUUUACAGUUUAUAGUUACAUAACAAUUUUGUGUAAAACUUUGUACAUUGCUAAGUGAAACUCCUAUGUCCUACCUAUGCAAUACAUUAUUAUGCAACAUGUUUGUUAAAAGCAUGAAGUGUGCAUUGUUUUGUAAUAAACAGCUAUGUAUUUAAUAUUUUUCAUCUAUAUUCUGAUCAUGCUAUGCAAAUUAAAGAAUAAAACCUCAGAAUAAAACUUAUUAUUUAAACAACA